AUGAUUGAUUCAUCAGCAUCCAUUUUGACCAAGUCACCUAUCCUAUACCAUCGUGUUCAAGAACCCUCCCAUUUGAAAUCGACCCCAGCAGUCUCCUCUCCUCUCAUCUCUUUCAUCAAGCCACUAAAGCAAAAUUAUGCGUAUGGGUUUGAUGGCUAUGAUCUUCAGGGCACAAAUGAGUAUGACCUAUAUACUCCAACUCCCCCAAAUCUUUUACCAACAGACAUCAGAGCUCUUAGCAAGCCACCCUCACAGUCUCUAAUAUCCUAUAAUCACAAAAAAGCCCCUGAUAUCUCGUCAUUUCAUCAAAACAUAUACACUCCCAAACCGAUAUCAUUACUCAAGAGCACAAUCAUGGAUAUCCAAAACACAUACACACACAGCUGUCACCACAUAGCCCACGGUCCCGUCCUAUCGAAUCCUCUUAUAUACCUGCCUCUCACAACCCAUACGCGUUCCCUGCUUUCCCCACAAAAAUUGAACCUCAAAGUCCCGUUUCGGUGUCCUUUCUGCGAAGACCCAGAUCUUCAUGAUACUGUUCCUGCUGGGAAGGGUGUGCUUGUGAUUAUGAGUUCUCUGAAGAAAGAGAACGAGAGGAGCGAAGUAGUAGAGAGGUUGUCUGAGUCAAAGUUACUUCCAUCGAUUCCAUCAAUAUACUCUGCACCAUAUCCUCCAUACCUGCCUACCUUCUGCUCAUUCUAUUCUCCACCUCCUGUCCUGUCGCUUUUUCCUCCACAUUUUCCAUUCUCUCCGACAUCUUAUCAUCUUUCAUCUCCGAAAGUUCCAAACAGAUGGAAAAUAAUCCGCAUUUGUGGAGUCGAGGACAUCAAGAGUACAGAAUGGGCGUAUGAGAUCGAGACCGAAACAGUAAAAGAUAAAAACGCAAUCGAGCAUCCCGAAAAUAUGUGGAGCGAGCGACGACAGAAUCUCACCCCCAGAGAAGAGGAAUGGAUCCCGAUGGCUUGGAUCCCUAGACCUGUUGGAGAUGUUGAUGUGUUAGCAAUUCCAGACACCGGGCCACACAAUACUUUUCAUUUUUUAACCGGUUCGCGCCUUGCUCCUCAUUAUCCCCCUUCUUCCUCUCACUCCAAUUCGAACCCCCAGAAUCAAAAACUCCACAUCUCGCAAUCCUGGAGAGGUACAACAGGUGAAGAUUCAAACGGUUAUGGAUAUCGUGGGAGAAUAUUGGGUCAGAGUAGAUUGCCCGGGAUGAUGAGUGAACUGGGUACUUUUCUGCGGAACAAUAGGGCGGAGGAUGGAAAUUCGGGGAGCAGAACAGACAUGAGAGAAAGAAUGAGGGAGAGGGGUUUGAGAUGGGAAUGA